CACCUCUUGCUGCUGCUCUCUCCUCUCUCUCUCUCUCUCUCUCUCUCUCACGCAGUAAGCCCAUUGCUAUAUAAUCCAAUACAUCUCCUUCACUCUCUUUCUCUUUCUGUUUCGUCUUCUUUUCUUUCCAGAUUGUAUUAUUAGUUUCUAGAAAGGGAAAUGAAAGCAUAUUAUUGAGCUCUGAUUCAACAGAACUAAAAAUAAAUAUAGAUUCAGAUCCUUUACUUUUCUUUUUCUUUUUUUCUUUUUUUUUUAAUCCAGAUCAUUCGCUCGGAUCCGAUCCGACCCCAAAAAUCUCUCGAUUUUUCAACCUUAGAUCCGUAUUUUUCUUCAACUUAUUUUUUCUUUUUUAAAAAAAUAUUUUAAGGAGAAAGAACUCCUUCUCUCGCUCUUUUUUUCUUUUUCCUUUAAUUUUAAAUAAUGUUUGAUUUCUCAGCUUUAUGAGUCUGCUAGGUUACAAAAGGUAGUUUCCUCUGUUAACGGAUCUAAAUUUGAAGGCCAAAAUACUUGGUCUAUUUAGAUGAUAUGCAAUACUUGCAUAAGGAGUGUGAUUGCUCAAGGUGCAAUAUUCUCUGGAACAAGGUCUCGAUUCGGCAAUAUCAGGAGGAGAUUACAUGCGGGUCUCCACCUAAAUUAUUCGUUCAAUCAUAAAUCAUUGAUGAAUAUAAGUAUGAUGAUCGAUUCGAGCUCAACUGCUAAACGGGGACUCAUUGUCGACGUCCUCCAGGAGAAAGAUGAUGAUGGUGGAUAUGUCAGUGGAGGUUGGAAAAGUGAAGACGGGAAACUAAGUUGCGGGUAUUCAAGUUUCAGGGGAAAGAGAGCAACUAUGGAGGAUUUCUAUGAUAUUAAAAACACCAAGAUUGAUGGGCAGACAGUCUGCAUGUUUGGAAUCUUUGAUGGUCAUGGUGGUUCCCGUGCCGCUGAGUAUUUGAAGCAGCACCUAUUUGAUAACUUAAUGAAGCAUCCACAGUUCCUGGAAAACACUAAAUUGGCUAUAAGUGAAACAUAUCAACAGACUGAUGUGGACUUCUUGGACUCUGAAAAGGACUCCUACAGAGAUGAUGGUUCCACUGCUUCAACAGCAGUUUUAGUUGGUAGCCAUCUAUAUGUUGCCAAUGUUGGAGAUUCCAGGACUGUGAUAUCAAAGGCUGGAAAUGCAAUACCCCUUUCUGAGGAUCAUAAACCAAAUAGAAGUGAUGAACGGAAGAGAAUUGAAAAUGCUGGUGGUGUAGUAAUGUGGGCAGGCACCUGGAGGGUAGGAGGCGUAUUGGCUAUGUCACGGGCUUUUGGUAACCGCAUGCUGAAGCAAUUUGUCGUUGCAGAACCUGAGAUCCAGGAUCAGAAAAUAGAUGAAGAGUUUGAGUUGCUUGUGCUUGCAAGUGAUGGACUUUGGGACGUUGUACCAAAUGAGGAUGCUGUUUCGCUUGCUCGAACAGAAGAAGAACCUGAGGCAGCAGCCAGAAAGUUAACAGAGGCUGCUUUUACUCGAGGAAGCGCUGACAAUAUAACAUGCAUCGUAGUGAGAUUCCAGCAUGAUAAGGCAGAUCCAGCCAAUCCCCAACAUAAUUAGUAAUGGUUGCUGCUUAAAUUGCAUGGCGUAGAAUUAUUGAUCCUAUAGUUGAUCUAAUUUUGAAAUUUGUGCAUGCAUGCAUGACACCUGAAUGUGCAUAUGGAGGAGAGUCCAUUUGUUUAUUCAUUUUGUUUCUCAAUUUGCUCUGUAUCAAGAAGGUGGAUUUAAGCGUCCUGUUUUCUUCCAAAGUUCAUAGAUCUGUAUGUUUACCUUGCUUUGCUUUUCUUUUUUUUCUUUUUUUAAUCUUCAUCUAAUAAAGUUAUUGAGUCUUCUGUGCUGUCA